AUGACAAUAAUUAUAAUAACAAACAAACAAAGAAUAGGAAUAAGAUGUACAUUAAUAUAUAUAAUGAUGGUGAUGAUGGUGAUGGAGGUCAGUGCAAUGAAGUAUGAGGAUCACAUAGAAUUCUCAUCACAAUAUAAUAUGUUUAGACAGUUUGGUUAUAAUCAAGGUGGAUCAUACUCUGUCGAUAUACUGAUUGAUUCAUCAAUUGACGACAACAACAUCAUUGGCGGCGGUGGAAACUCAAACUUUGGCGGCGGAAACUCAACACGCACAACCACCACGCCAACACUCACAUUCUGGCUGUGCCAGGACAAUAGCUACAUGAGCUUGAUAGGCUCGUCUGGCGCCAAUGCCAUCGAGACUGAGCUGUGUGCCAAUCCGUCGGCCGGCAGGUGCGACGUGGCCGGCGCCAACAUCACACAGGACGGCUUUAGCAUCAGCGGCACAGUGAGCGCCGACAGCAUCUACCGUUUCAUCAUACUAAAGUGCAACUCAUCACUCGAGGUCGAGCUGUCGCUCAGGUACACACUCAUCAAUCCGGACGGACACCAACUGCCGCGCGGCUACCUCCAGCUGCCCUCGGUCUAUCUGGCCAUGGUGAUACUGUACGCCUUUCUGUCGUCGCAGGUGCUGAUCUAUGUGCACCGCAACAAACCAUUCACCAACAACAUACACACGGUGCUGGAGGUUGUGUUGCUGCUGCGCAUGAUCCUCAUCACGCUUGUCUACAUAUAUUGGCGCUCGGCCGACGUCAACGGCUACUUCAGUCCCGCGUUGCGCUACCUGCAGAACAUAUUCUAUGCACUGGCCGAGACAUCAUUCUUUGCAGCACUACUAUUUUUAGCCAAAGGUUGGAAGAUCACACGAGCAGUACUAUAUCCACUGGAAGUACGAACCAUUGUUAUCAUACUAUGGCUACUCAUGGCAUUGCUACUAUUCUUUAGCUUCUACAACGAUGUCUACUAUCUCCUCAGCCUUAUGAUACUCUACUUCUUCAUGAUGCCCAAGUUAUUCUCAAACUUUACCAAGAACAUUCGUGUUUUGGAGACACAAAUUGCAAUUGCCAGGACAUCAAAUCAGAAUGGAUUGGCUGUUGUAUAUUCUAUGAAGAAGAGAGCAUUCAAGUAUAUGAGGACAGCAGUUGUGUUGUAUCUUUGUGGAAUAUUGAUUGCCAACUGUAUGCGAAUAAUCAUUGUUUGGCAUCUAUAUUGGAUAACAUUCUGUUUGGCAGAGAUCAUAUCACUUAUAGCCAUCUCAUUCCUUUGGAUAAUAUUCAGACCAUUCCAAAUGAAUCCAUUGUUCAUCAACUCGAAUGUACAGGCAUUGACAUUGGAGGACUUGACUCAGAUGCGUGGCACCUUCAUGAACUUACCAGCAUAUAGUACGAUGCAGGACUUACUUAUGUCACUCACUGAACCAAACUACGACCCAACAAGUUGUAUAGUCGUUCGCAAUCCAUCAGGUUAUCCAAUUAGGUUUGGUAUACCAGAGACAGAGUUAUUG